UGGCACUCGUGAAACACAAUUUUAGCAGAGAUCAAGUUUGAUCUUAAAUCUGGUUUAAUUUUGAGGGAUAAUUUUUGUUGUUGAUUAACCGAUUGUGUAAAUUGUCUUAUAUUUAUUCUGUUUAAACAUGUUUUGGAGUACUGAAUUGGCAACAACAACGUCUCAAAUCAAUUCUUUAUUGGAAGAUGAGUAUGUUACAUUAGAGACUAUUCUGGAUCAAGAAGAUAUACUACACGAAUGUAAAUUGGGAAAUAAAUUGCUUAUUGAUUAUCUCUGUCAACCCGAUAUUUUAAUGAAACUGGUCACAUUGGUUACAUCUGAUCCACCUGAUGAUGCUGAUGAAAGAAAUAGAUAUAAAUAUGCUAACAUGGCCUGUGAGGUUUUAUCCUCCGAAAAAAGUCAAAUAUGUGAAACAUUUGCUAACCAUCCUGAUUUAGUGUCAAUUUUGUAUGAAAAGCUGCAAUCUGCAGAACCGUUGAACCCACUUUUGGCUAGUCUUAUUUGCAAAGUGAUAUUUAGUUUACCGCAAAAUGUGUCUAAAGUUUCUGAUGACAUUCACUCGAGGCGAGAUGAUUUUGUUUCAUCUUUAGUUGCCCACAUUGGCACUUCAGCAGUUAUGGAUCUUCUCUUUAAAUCUCUUUCAUGCUCCGAUUCGCCCGAAAUAUCAUCAGCUUACCUUAAUUUCUAUCACAAACAAGGAUUGGUGGAAAAACUGAUUGCGCUGUUUAAGGCAGAUGUUGAUCCAGCUGCUCAAUCGAAUGCAGCCCAGCUACUUUGCGAUAUAAUUCGAUUCAGUCGAGAACAUCAAACUUGUAAUCAAGAAAAUGCUGGACCAAACCCUCUAUUGGAUGAUAUAGAAUCGACUGACACAAUAACCAACUUGUUAGCCAAUAUGUUUGAAACGAGAACUGAGUCAUGCCUAGUUAAUGGUAUUCAAGUUAUCCAAGCUCUUCUGGAAUAUCGCCGCUAUCGUGCCAAUCUGCCGCCAAAACAACCUCCUGUUGAUGAAGAAACUGGCGCAGAAAGUAAAAUUGAAAUCGGUGAUAUUGGCACAUUAGAAAAAAUGAUUUCAUAUCCCAUGUUUUCUGUCAACGAAACAGCGUUACCAGAUUUAAUGACUCCGCUCGAUAUUGAACGAUUAACGAAAAGUGUGCGGCAGGUUCAUGCUGCAAUCGUGCCUCGCCUCGAAGAUUUUCAUUCCCUGCUCACCAACCCGCCAGAAAAGAGCCCAGUCCGAACUACAAUUGGUUUAAUUGAGAAACCGUUCGGCGCCACCAGAGUUGAGGUGGUUCAUCUCAUCCGAGCUUUAUUAAGUAGCAAUAAUCCGACAAUUAACCGCAAAUUAACUACUCUAAAAACAUUGCCUGUUUUGAUGGAUCUUUUCUUCGCUUAUGCAUACAACAAUUUUCUACACACUCAAGUUGAGCAAAGUAUUAAUUGCAUUCUAGACAAUGCAAAAUCUACCUCACCUGUAACAAGUCCCACCGAAAUCAAAGAGACAGGUGGUGAUCAAGACGGAACAACUAAUCCUGCAAAAGAAAUCGAAAAUGUCACAUCUCUAGUUCACCAACUACUGGUUGAAUACAACUUAAUCCAAAAAAUACUCGAUACUUACACACACUUCAAAGAAAACCAAUCACCUGUUAAACCGGCGUACAUGGGGCACAUAAUCAAAAUUGCUAAUCACAUCCUAUCGACUAAGGAUAUAGCAGUGGUUGAAACUUGCUUCAACUCUUUGGAUUCUGAACUUAAAGAAAAUUGGAACGAGUGGGUCGAAGAAACACUGAAUUUAAUCAACAUGAAGAUGCAAUUUCCCCUAGUCAAAGAAUCCAUUGAAAAUGAAUAAAACUUUUAAAAAAACAUUACAAAACAAAUUA